UUGGUGUGGAUGACUACAGCUCAGAGUCUGAUGUGAUUAUUAUGCCUUCAGCCCUGGACUUUGUCUCUCAAGAUGAAAUGUUGACGCCACUGGGAAGACUGGACAAGUAUGCUGCAAGUGAGAACGUAUUUAACAGACAAAUGGUGGCUCGGAGUUUGCUGGAUACGUUGAGGGAAGUCUGUGAUGAUGAGAGAGACUGUGUUGCUGUUCUGGAAAGAAUUAGCAGAUUAGCUGAUGAUUCAGAGCCCACGGUGCGCGCAGAGCUGAUGGAGCAGGUGCCACACCUCGCGCUGUUCUGCCAGGAAAGCCGGCCUUCCAUCCCCUGCGCCUUCUCCAAGUACUUGCUGCCCGUGGUGGUGCGGUAUCUCGCAGAUCAGAACAACCAGGUGAGGAAAACAAGCCAGGCGGCUUUGCUGGCUUUGCUGGAGCAGGAGCUGAUUGAACGCUUUGAUGUGGAGACCAAAGUGUGCCCUGUCCUCAUAGAGUUGACUGCGCCUGACAGCAACGAUGACGUGAAAACAGAGGCUGUGGCUAUAAUGUGCAAGAUGGCGCCCAUGGUUGGGAAGGACAUCACGGAACGCCUCAUCCUCCCUCGCUUCUGUGAGAUGUGCUGCGACUGCAGAAUGUUCCACGUUCGGAAGGUCUGUGCCGCCAAUUUUGGGGAUAUUUGCAGUGUCGUUGGCCAGCAAGCCACUGAGGAAAUGUUGCUGCCCAGGUUUUUCCAGCUUUGCUCUGACAAUGUGUGGGGAGUCCGCAAGGCGUGUGCCGAAUGCUUCAUGGCAGUCUCAUGUGCAACAUGUCAAGAAAUCCGACGGACCAAGUUAUCAGCACUGUUUAUUAAUUUGAUCAGUGAUCCUUCACGUUGGGUUCGCCAAGCAGCCUUUCAGUCCCUGGGACCUUUCAUAUCAACUUUUGCUAAUCCAUCUAGCUCAGGCCAGUAUUUUAAAGAAGAAAGCAAAAGUUCAGAAGAAGAUGUGUCAGAAGAUAAAAAUAGUGAAAGGCUUGGAGAUCAAGACACACCAGAGGACGUCCCUGCAGCCCUCAGUGUCCCUGGCCCUGGUGCCAGGCUGGAGUGCACCCUGGAGGACAGUGGAGCCGGAGCCCCGAAGGACUCUGCGCAGGAGCCGAGGGGCCCAGCAGACAGCCCUUCACUUUGUACUUUCUCCUCCGAGUCUCGUCCAGAAGCGCCUGGCGGUGACAAGGGCAGAAAGCCUGAUGGCUGCAAGUCUGCACUCCAGCUGGAAGCUGGCACCGCGCAGGGCUCAGCCCUCCUGGAUCAGGAAUUGUACAACUCCUUCCAUUUCUGGAGGACUCCGCUUCCUGAAAUAGACCUGGACAUUGAGCUGGAGCAGGACUGUGGGGAGAGCCUUGGCCUGGAGAGGCCAGAGGAGGGCCCUGAAGACCCCGAGCUGGGUUCUCCAAACAUCAGCAUGGCCACCAGGAAGGAGCUGGAGGAAAUGAUAGAAAACCUAGAGCCCCACAUCGAUGAUCCUGAUGUUAAAGCGCAAGUGGAGGUGCUGUCGGCUGCCCUGCGCGCCUCCGGCCUGGAUGCCCACACGGAGGCUGUCGGCGUGGAAAAGAGCGGCAAGCUGCAAGACGAACCGGGUAUAAAUGAGCUACCAAAUUGUAAACUAAGUCAAGAUGAUUCUGUGCCUUUAAUCAGCGCUGCUGUUGAGAGCAUGGACCCCGCCCUUCACUACGUCCACAGCGACUCAGAUGUGAGCACCAGCAGCAGCUUCAGCCCAGACGAGGAGCGGAGACCCAAAGUGCAGGACGUGGUGCCUCAGGCUCUGCUGGAUCAGUACUUGUCUAUGACUGACCCCUCCCGUGCACAGACAGUGGACACAGAGAUCGCCAAGCACUGUGCGUACAGCUUGCCCGGAGUAGCCCUGACCCUCGGCAGGCAGAACUGGCACUGCCUGAGAGAGACCUAUGAGACCCUGGCCUCCGACAUGCAGUGGAAAGUGCGGAGGACCUUAGCCUUCUCCAUCCAUGAGCUCGCAGUCAUCCUUGGGGACCAACUGACAGCUGCAGAUCUGGUUCCAAUUUUUAAUGGAUUUUUAAAAGACCUCGAUGAAGUCAGGAUUGGUGUCCUUAAACACUUGCAUGAUUUUCUGAAGCUUCUUCAUAUUGACAAAAGAAGAGAGUAUCUGUAUCAACUCCAGGAGUUUUUGGUGACAGAUAAUAGUAGAAACUGGCGCUUCCGAGCCGAGUUGGCCGAACAGCUGAUCUUGCUUCUCGAGCUGUACAGCCCCAGAGAUGUUUACGACUAUCUGCGCCCCAUUGCCCUGAACCUGUGUGCAGACAAAGUGUCCUCCGUCCGCUGGAUUUCCUACAAGCUGGUCAGCGAGAUGGUGAAGAAGCUGCACAUGGCCUCACCCCCCACUUUUGGCACAGACCUCAUCCGGGAGCUGGUGGAGAACUUCGGCAGGUGCCCGCGCUGGUCGGGCCGCCAGGCCUUCGUCUUCGUGUGCCAGACUGUCAUUGAGGACGACUGCCUCCCCAUGGACCAGUUCGCUGUGCACCUCAUGCCACACUUGCUCACCUUGGCCAACGACAGGGUUCCAAACGUCAGGGUGCUGCUCGCCAAGACGCUGAGACAGACGCUGCUGGAGAAAGAGUACUUCCUCGCCUCUGCCAGCUGCCACCAGGAGGCUGUGGAGCAGACCAUCAUGGCCCUGCAGAUGGACCAGGACAGCGACGUCAAGUACUUCGCCAGCACCCACCCUGCCAGCACCAAGAUCUCCGAAGAUGCCAUGAGCACGGCCUCUUCAACCUACUAGUCAGCGCCAGCCUCAGGCCUGCUCCGGCGGGGGCGACAGCGACAGUGGGGCGGGCCACUCCUAGCCUGCUCGCCCCUCGAGGUUACGGUCAAGAGCAAGUACAGACGCUGUCUUACCUUGCCCGAAGGGAAAAGCAUUUCUCAGUGGAUUCUCACUGUCACCAAAGCCUUAACUCUCCUGUCUUCCCGACGGACUGAUACUUGAAGGGCGGAGUGUUUUCCUCAUGGGUGGGAUGAGACUCCCAGAGACCUGCAGGGCUCUCUCCUGGAUCUAUUUAACAGCUGAUGAAUGAAUUCUUGCAGCCAGAGCGACGCACGCCAGACGAUGGGAAAGACCUUCAGUACUAGCCCGCCACCCGGCGCAGCCCGUGGAUGGUUCCACACGGGCGGAAACAAGAUUUGUGUGGCUUUCUCCCAAGGGCUUGAUGCUAACACUAAAGUAGAAUCUGAUUUUAAAACUCUUAAAUGCAGCAUAUUGCUGUGCACAUUUGCAGAGUGUUUGCUCAGUAUCUCUAUCCUGAGUUGUUCAUGCUGGUCAUGACUGGAAGGAAAUUUCUCAGCGUGUCUGUCAGGUGUUUUGGACUGGAUCAUGGUCUGCUCUGAGGUGCGACUUCCUUCACACGCUGUGCGUCUGUGUGGCUACUCAGGAGUGCUGCAGUCCCGAAUCAUGCUGUCAGAAUGGUCGUGGUACAAGUCCUCUUGUCCAAAUAAAAUUUAUUAAUGGGAUCUAUAAAGAGA